CUAUACAGCAGGAGGGAGUACAGACUGGAGAGUAGGGAGAACCAGCUUGCUCACAUACAUCAGGAGAUAGCACCACUUUCUCCCCUUCCGGCUGGCUCGGAACCUCAAACUGCUGCUGCUACUGUUACUGAGCCUACUAACAUUUUAGCUCCAAUUAGUCGGGAGAGCUCCAUCUUUGCCAUUUAUCCUAAUCUCCCAUCAGACACACAGAAGUUUCUGAAGUUUGCAGAAACUCAUCGUACAGUCCUGAAUCAAAUCCUACGGCAAUCCACAACUCCCCUUGCUGACGGACCUUUUGCAGUACUUGUAGACCACACUCGGGUUUUAGACUUUGAUGUAAAGCGACGAUAUUUUAGGCAGGAAUUGGAAAGAAUGGAUGACGGAGCCCGUCGAGAGGACUUGGCUGUCCAUGUGAGACGUGAACAUGUUUUUGAAGACUCUUUCAGAGAGUUACAUCGCAGAACACCAGAAGAGUGGAAGAAUCGGUUUUAUAUAGUUUUUGAAGGGGAGGAAGGUCAAGAUGCUGGAGGCCUACUCAGAGAAUGGUAUACUAUAAUUUCUAGAGAGAUUUUCAAUCCCAUGUAUGCACUGUUUACGACAUCUCCUGGUGACCGGGUGACGUACAUGAUCAACCCUUCAUCACACUGUAACUCCAAUCAUCUCAGUUACUUCAAGUUUGUUGGCAGAGUGAUAGCUAAAGCUGUUUAUGACAAUAAGCUGUUAGAGUGUUAUUUCACCAGAUCUUUCUACAAACAUAUCCUGGGGAAGCUUGUGAAAUACACAGAUAUGGAAAGUGAAGACUACUCUUUCUACCAAGGCCUUGUCUUUCUCCUGGACCAUGGCGUCAAUGAACUAGGAUAUGAACUAACAUUUAGUGUUGAGGUUCAAGAGUUUGGUGUGACUGAAAUACGAGACUUAAAGCCCAAUGGGCGCAACAUUCCUGUAACAGAAGAAAACAAACAUGAGUACGUACGCCUGGUGUGUCAGGAAAAGAUGACUGGAGCAAUCCGCAGACAACUGAAUGCUUUCCUAGAAGGUUUCUAUGAAAUCAUUCCCAAAAGAUUAAUUUCUAUCUUCAAUGAGCAGGAAUUGGAGUUGUUAAUUUCUGGGCUCCCUAACAUUGAUAUUGAUGAUCUCAAGAGUAACACAGAGUACCACAAGUAUCAACACAACUCGUUACAGAUUCAGUGGUUUUGGCGAGCUCUGCGAUCUUUUGAUCAAGCUGAUCGAGCCAAAUUCCUUCAGUUUGUCACUGGCACCUCCAAAGUACCUUUGCAAGGGUUCUCAGCUCUGGAAGGCAUGAAUGGCACCCAGAAGUUUCAAAUUCAUAGAGAUGACCGUUCAACAGACAGACUACCCUCUGCUCACACAUGUUUCAAUCAGCUUGACCUUCCUGCCUAUGAAACAUUUGAUAAACUGAGAUCGAUGCUGUUAAAGGCUGUACAGGAAUGCUCAGAAGGCUUUGGUUUUGCUUGACCACCCAAGCUAUUGGGAAGGUUAAAUAGGAAAGGGUGUGUUAACAGUAUAUGCCGAACGUCACCAAGUCCGUUCAACUUGUAUCAGAAUGUGAUGUGGACAAUUUAAAAUCACAAAGAGAGAAAAUGUAGUGACAUUUAUAAAUACUGGCAUGUGAGAGCCAAAUCAGUUCUUUAUGUGAAAUGAACUCUGUAAAAAAAAAAAAAACAAAAUCCCCUUAUAAAAAGUUGGGUUCUAGUAAUUCUUUGUUGUUCUUCAAUAAUUGUUGCAAGAUUCCAACUUGAUGCUUUUUCAACCCUCCUGUAUUAAAUCUGCUGAUAAACAAUUGUCAGACUAUGUAUCUUAGCUCCAGUUAGAUUAACUUUCUUUUCUAGUUUUUGCAAGAUUUUGUGGUUGUUGUUAUUUGGGCUUGAACAGUAACAUAAGAAAACAUGUAUGUAAAGUGAGAAAGAUCUGAUUUUGUGGCUUCACUGCUGCUGUAUCAGAAAGAAAAGAUAUUCAGAGUAGCUAUUAUUAAAGGCUUUAAAAGAACAGUUAUAUUCAUUCCUCUACUAAAUGUCGUAAAACAAACAGUAAAAUAAAAACACCAUUGAGAAAUAAAAUAUUUGACCGUUA